GUUCGUGAAGAUCCAUCAGUAGUCAGUACAUCCCUAGUGGGUCCUGACCUUUGCCUUUCACGGCUGCCCGGAUAUAGGCUUUAGGAUACAUUGUUUUCCUAAUCCUUCCAAGUGCGGCCCGCUAUCGGGCUCGGACAUACAAUAGGGGCGUUAGUUAUCUAGUCUACAUCCUAUCGGCAGUUAAAUAGUAUUAGCCAACCCAACUCAAAAUCCAACUAAUGACUUCCACACUCCAACAGUCCCCGGCCAAAACCCAACCAAUCUAACCAUGGACAAACUUCCUCCCCGCAUCGAGGCCUUCCUGGGGCGUCUCUUGCGCAACAAACGAGGCCGCGACGCAAAACUACUCACGCGCAUCAGUCCUGCUCUUCAGGCGCUUCAACCCACCAUCGCGGUAACUUCGUCCGUGGGCCCAUCGCAGUCUCCACUACCGGCAGAAUACACUCAGAUUGGCGCGAACCGCUUCCCACCUCUUUCCUGGACGGUACCCAGCGACUCGGUGCCUGCAGAGGAAAUCAACAGCUACGUGCUCAUUGUCGAGGAUGCCGAUGCACCACUGCCGAAUCCAAUAGUGCAUGGGCUAUACUACGGGCUUUCAAAGGACAAAACCAAUAUCUCUUCAGAUGAUGUUGUUGUGACGGACGCGACUAAGAGGGCAUUACAGGGGGAGUUUCAGUAUGGGGUAAACUGGCACCAGAAUGUUUGGAGUGGGCCGCGACCGGUAUUGGGACAUGGCUCGCAUCGGUAUUUCUUUCAGGUGUUGGCGUUGGGAAAGGCACUGGAGGAGAAGCCUUGGGGGAAGGAGGAAUUGUUACAGUGGCUGGAGAAGGAGAAGGAGAGUGUGUUGGCUUGGGGGGAGUGGGUGGGCACUUUUGUGCGGGAGCCUUAAUAAUCG